CGGUUCAAAUAAAAACAUCUUUUUUCAAUGCUUUUAAAAUAUGAACAUUACUACUUCAUACAAAUGAUACAAACGUCAUAUAUGUCUGAUCAUAUGAGCGCGUGAUAUAUUUAAACCACGUCCUACUGUGCGUUUGAAACAAUGUAUUUGACAAAUCAAAAUACAAUAAAAACGCCCUUUUAAACACAACUUUAGACCGAAAGCUACAAAAUGUCUUCUAGAAGUAAACAUCAGUAUGGGGAUGAGGAUGAUGAAGUCGACGAACAAAGUAAACUGUUACGGACUAUACCGCCUGGAAUAUCAGCAAGAUCUCACAGCAUUAGUGGUACACAGACCGUAACUUUUGAAAAACAAGAGGUUACAAAAUCAAGAUGGCGGUCAAUACGAGUUAUGUAUCUGACAAUGUUUCUCAGCAGCGUCUCAUUUUCUAUCUGCAUGUCAUCUCUCUACCCUUAUCUGAUAGUGUUAGACAAAACAGCAACAACUGAUUUUCUUGGAUGGGUUGUUGCAGCAUACAGCGUUGGUCAACUUAUUGCUUCCCCUUUCUUUGGGUUCUGGUCCAACAAAAGGUCUAGCACCAGAGAGCCAAUUAUAGUCUCCUUGAUCAUCAACGUGAUUGCGAAUGUGUUAUACAUGUACUUGGAGAGCAUAACAGUGCAGCCGAAAUGGUUCCUAAUUGCGGCAAGAGUCUUGAUAGGAUUUGGCGCAGGUAAUGUAGCUGUCGUCCGUUCGUAUGUAUCCGGAGCGACAACAUUAGCAGAAAGAACAUCAGCAAUGGCGAACAUGUCGGCUUGCCAGGCAAUAGGAUUUAUUAUUGGACCGUUAAUACAGACUGCUAUGGUCCCCAUAGGAUUUCCGGGACCAGUAAGAAAACCUGCCCUCCAUUUUGACAUGUACACAGCAACCGGCUUCUUCAGCGCCAUCGUGGGUAUUAUAAACAUCGUGUUGUUGAUCGUAGUCUUUAAGGAGCACAGGGUCGGAGUCGAUGAGUUCUUGCCAUCACAAGUCCAAGGCGCCUCUAUAAACACUUAUGAGAAUGACGAAGAGGAGGAGGUUCGGCCACUCGAUUUACUCGCCGUCAUUUCCUCAAUAACAAUCUUCUUCUCCGUCCUUUUCGUUUUCGCAGUCUUUGAGACGAUUGCUACCCCACUUUCGAUGCAUAUGUUUGCCUGGACUAAGGCCCAGGCUACAUUAUACAUUGGAGUUAUACUCGGCUGUGCCGGCUUUGUCUCUAUAGGGGUAUUUGUAGUCAUCAAAAUUCUGUCUAAGAGAUUCAACGAACGUUACUUGCUGCUCGGGGGUUUUGUGCUUUGUUUCCUGGGUUUUGUUGUGUACCUUCCCUGGGGUCAUCGUUACCCAGAAAUUCAGUUCGCUGAAAUUGAAAAUAAAGCAGGCAACACGUCAGUAAGCUUUUCCAGUGCAGUUGACAAGAACAUGAGUAAACUGUUACUUUCCGAUCUACAUCUCAGCGACAACACGGCGGGCAAUCUCUCUGAAGAUAUUUCAAACAGCAUGUUUCAAAAUAUAGAUUUUUCCGGCAAUGGUAUUCAAUUUCCAUCUCAAAACAUCUCUAACAAUUCGAGCAAAGAGGCUGUCGGCUGUCCCUAUUACUAUGAAUGGUGCACCUACACACCUGCCUUAUUCUUCUGGCAGUUUCUAUUUGGUACUUUCUUCGUGGCCGUCGGAUAUCCUACGUGUAAUGUCAUGUCUUACACAAUCUACUCAAAGAUUCUAGGCCCGAAACCGCAGGGCGUAUGGAUGGGCUGGUUGACAGCGUCUGGCAGCCUUGCGCGGACGCUGGGCCCGGUGUUCGUCAGCCAGGUGUACGACGCCUAUGGACCUAGAGUGACCUUCAUCGCCAUGCUUGUUCUCAUUGUCAUCACCAUUGGCGGGUUUGUUGCCGUCUUCCGGAGACUUGUGCCCUAUAGCAGGAAUAAAGAGUUUCUUGUUGCAGAAAGCACAUGAUAGAUAAAUGUUUUAAAAUGAAUCCUGUAUUUUCUAUGUGUGCGAUACUACUCUGUGGUUUCUAUGGACUUAAGUUUUGAGGAGUUACCUUUUCAUUAUUUGUCCGUCACUUUAUAGUUGAUUCUAUAUCCGUGAUUAUACUUGAAACAAUGAUUCUCAUGUUUAUAGAUUAUUGUUUAUUUGGAGGCAUGUAUGUAAAUUAAACAUUCAAGCCCAGCGCAUAUAUGAUAGUCGCAAUUAAUUUUAAUAUGGUCAAAGCCUUAUUGACUUUUAUUCAUUCCAGUGUUCUCUAAAACAUGUACGCAUAAAGGAACGUCGAAGUGAACAAUCACUUAUCAAAGUACAAUAUAAUUUCCUGUUUUCACGUGGCACGUGGUCUGCUUGGUGCAUUACUUGAAAUGUCAGAUUGAGUGAGUGUUCGACUUUGAUAAAACAAAUUUGAAUUUUCGUGAAAACCUUAUAGUUUGUCGAUUCGAUUUAAACUAUUUCAACCAUAUGAAAAUACAUCGACGGUUACUGUUAAAGAUAAUGCAACGCCAUAGGUACAACGAUAAGUUCAACAUUUAUUGUAUUUAAAAUGUUCAAAAUUUGUUCAUGCAUAUGACAUUUGAUCUGCAAAUA